AUUAAAAUACCAAGGGAUCCGUCUCCUGCGUCUCCCCUCGUCGUUUUCAAGUCCCAUUCAUCUACCCUGGAAAGCUUUCCCUCCAUUGUCAUGAUGCGUUUCCUCACUGUAAACGCUGCCCUUGCGGGUAUUGUAGUUGCCCUGCCGUCAGCACCCAACUUUGUCGUCCACGAAAGGCGAGAUGCCAGCCCAACCUUGUGGAAUCGACAGGAGCGUGCUGACAAGAAUCUGCUCUUGCCUCUUCGCAUAGGCCUUAAGCAGUCCAACCUGGAUCGCCUGAAUGCUCUGGUCCAUGAGGUGUCCAACCCCGAGUCUUCCAACUUUGGCAAGCAUUGGACAGCCGAGCAAAUUGCCAACGCGUUUGCGCCAACAAGCAAGACUGCCGAUGAGACCUGGCAAUGGCUCAUCAGCUCGGGUAUCGACCCAAGCAGGAUCCAGUGGUCGGCUGGGCGCAACUGGCUCGAGGUUAAUUCCACCGUGGGCGAGGCCGAGAAGCUGCUCAACGCACAAUAUUAUCGCUACGAGCACAAGGACGCAAAAGUAGCUCGCAUUGCAUCCGACCAGUACAGCGUGCCCAGCCACGUGCAGCAGCACAUUGACUUUGUCAUGCCUACCAUCCAGCUAGAUACCGUUGGACCGGUAUCCCGCGCCAAACCCGCCGUCUCGACAGCCGUAGAAGGCGUCAUAGGCCUCAGCGGCGGCACCGGCAACUGUAGCCACAUCAUCACCAUUGACUGUAUCCGCGAGCUUUACAAGCUGCCCAUUCCCACGUCUGCGCAGCCAGGUAACGAGCUGGGCAUUCCCGAGUGGGCUGAUUACCUUUACAACCCCGAUCUCGACGUCUUCUUUGCCAACUUCACCAACCCUGUCAUCCCCAAGGGCACCCGGGCCGAAUUCAUCUCAAUUGAUGGUGGCAAGCCUGGCACGUACGACCGUGUCCAGCAACAAAACAACAUUGAAAGUGCGCUCGAUUUCAUGAUUGCCUACUCCAUCAUCUACCCGCAAAACACACGACUGUACCAAGUAGGCGAUGGAGUCAAUGUCGACUCCGUGGGCACCUUUAACAUCUUCCUCGACGCCCUGGAUGCGUCCUACUGCUCAUACAAGGGCGGUAAUGCCCCCUACAUUGACCCGGCGUAUCCGGACAUGAAUGAUGGCGGUUUCCGGGGGAAGCUGCAGUGCGGAGGGGCCAAGAUGAGCAAUGUCAUCUCCAUUUCGUAUGGUCAGAUUGAGGCUGCCUUGCCGCGCUUCUACCAGGAGCGCCAAUGCCAUGAAUGGGGCAAGCUGGCUCUCCAAGGCGUGUCUGUUAUUGUUGCAUCAGGCGAUAGCGGCGUUGCCAACAGCUACAACUCGGGAUACCCCAACACCUGUGUUGAUGCCCAGGAAAGGUAUCUUGACCCGCAUGGAAAGCGCUUUUCGCCUUCGUUCCCCAAUAACUGCCCAUUUGUCACCAAUGUCGGCGCCACUACGCUGCUCACAAAAAACAUUGCCGAUGGAGAACGCGCCGUCUUGAGCUACGGCUCCGGUGGUGGCUUCAGCGACAUCUUUACCACGCCUAGCUGGCAAGCAGAGGCUGUAGGCAACUACCUGAAAAACUACGCACCCAAGUACGGCCCUGAUGUUUUUAAUUCUUCUGGUCGUGCGUUUCCAGACGUUGCGGCUUUGGGAGACAACAUGGCCAUUGUAUCCGGCGGCCACGUUAGCAGGAGUGGCGGUACUUCAGCGUCUGCUCCUCUCUUUGCAUCCGUCAUCACCUUGCUCAACGAUGAGAGAUUGGCGGCCGGCAAGAAGCCUAUUGGAUUCCUCAAUCCUAUUCUGUACAAGAACCCAGGCAUGUUCAACGAUGUCACCGUGGGCAACAACCCUGGUUGCGGCACAAGCGGUUUCCCCGCCAGCAAAGGCUGGGAUCCCGUCACCGGUCUCGGAACCCCCAAUUAUGAAAAGAUGCGCGCGGUUUUCAAUGGUCUCCCAUAAGUUGGCAGGCUUUGUGCUUUCAAAAGUACAUGUAUCAAGUUUUUGACUUUGGGAUUUUCUGUUGUACUUCUUGUAGUAUGUAGAUAGACAACCAAAGUAGUGUGCCUUUCCCCCCCGAAGAAUGCAGAUGUGUUUUUUUAGACAGUCUCUACCUCAUACGAUCGACGUAAUAUAUAAAUGCAACCUGGCUGGAUG